AUGGACUCCUGCACACCAUUUCAAGGCAAUUCCGAUCUGUACGGUCUUGGAAUUCGCCUCGGAGUUUAUCUACAGUGGAUCUCAGCGUGGAUCAGCCUGCUCCUAGAUCCACAUUCGGCUCAAUUUAUCUACGACACCAACUCGGUUUUUGUCUUCGCUAUAAUGGUCGCAAGUAUCAUCGCAGCACAGCAAGGGACGGCGGCCAUCGAGAUAUAUAUCAUGUUGCAGUUCAUGCUUGGCUCCUUCGUUACUACGCUCAGCACGCUGGGUAUGCGUCUAUGGCUCAUGAGCCCCAAUCGGCUUGCUAAGCUGGAGACAACCACAACCAUGGCGCUCAAGUCAUUAUUGAGUGUUACAAAGGCUUUUCUAGAUUUCCUAUUUAAGAAGCCAUCUGCAAAUCUAUCAAAUGGGUGGCAGUCUGAUUUAUCGGCUCAAAACGAAAUGGGUACCACUCGCAAACCGUUCUUGCUCCUUUCGACAACACUCAGAUUUCUGGAGCUAUGCUUUUACUUCUUCGGGACGCCUGUCAACAUGUUGUGGACCCUGAAGCCCCCUGGACUCUCUUGGUCAGGAGUAAUUUGGAGAAUGACCACAGCUGCCGUGGUUGCCGCGUAUAAUCUCAUAUUCUGGUUUGACGAUUCUAGCAGUGGUACACAGCAACCACCUAGACAAGGCUGCGGGCCUCUCUACAUCUUCCUCCUCUCAAAGCAGCCACUAAAUGGCUCGGUUGUCACUCUAUGCCGCGCCGCGGCUAUUAUCAUUGCUAUCUUCGUCUUCCCUCCAGCUUCCCUCCUCCUCCAGCUAACACUCGUGCUUUUGUGGCACGCUUUGCUGUUUCUGUACCGCGAUAUUAUCUAUUCUUUCAACCCAGUCGCGCCCCAGGCCCUUAAUUCAGCACUUGGCAGAAUCAAUGUGUUCCUAGAAAAGCAAGGAAUACCAUUGCUCUAUGUGACGCCGUUUGGCCUAUUUGGCCUCCCGGUCGCAACACUCUCGGAUCUACUCGGGUUCUUGGCCACACCGAAAGCGGACGCAAUUCGCUUUUCUGACGUGAUCAAGGUUUGUGUGUCGCUAGGGACUGGAAAGGUGACAGGGAAUGAGAGGGAAAACACACUACCUACGCGUGGUAUGGGGAUGACGCCAGGCUGGAAAGAAGCUAGCUUCCAGCAUCGGACUUUUUCAUCCCUAUGGAACGUCUAUGUCGUCCUGAGCAUCGCGUGGUUCAUCGCUAGCAUUGAAUACACAAUACACUGGAACUACAUCCAAGGUGUUCACGACAUUCAGACCACGGGACAGCUUAUUCCCUUUGUCAUUGGUUGUGUAAGCGCGUCGCAGGUUAUCAAGAGGCUUAUGCUCUUUGCUUGGGCGAAGAAAUAUCCCGACUGGGCAGACACCCGGCUUGAGCUGGGAGAUGGCGCAGAUGGUCCUAUUAUCUUCAAGAUUGUGAAGAUGAACCAAGGUAACGAUUCAGAAGAAGAGGUCCCAAGGGAUGAUGAUAUGGGCAAUGAUCAAUUCGAAAGGCCUAUUUCGAUAAUGCAAAUAAGAAGACAGAGUGUCUGA